AUGAGGCUGGGAGGUCAUUCUGGUAUUGCCACAAGACCAGGAGACCAUGCUGAGGCUAUGUUAGUUCAAGAAGGCACCGCGCAGGGGAACUGCCACACCACGCUGGCGAAUCGCCACACCAUGUCAGAGAUCCACCACACCACGCCAGGGAACCACCACACCACGCCGGGGAUCCGCCACACCACACUGGGGAUCCACCACACCACGCCAGGGAUCCGCCACACCACGCAGGGGAUCCACCACACCACGCCGGGGAACCACCACACCACACCAGGGAAUCACCACACUGGGGAUCCACCACACCAUGCCAGGGAAUCACACACCAUGCCGGGGAACCGCCACACCACGCCAGGGAACCACCACACCAUGCCAGGGAUCCACCUUACCACGCCGGGGAUCCACCACACCACGCUGGGGAACCACCACACCACGCCAGGAGGCCUCCAUGGGAGAGGCUGCCAUGCCAACCCAGGAGGCCACUCCACCAAGCUGGGAGGCCACUACACCAGGCUGGGAGGGCCCUUGUCACGUCUGCCCUAA